AUGUACACAUACUCACGACGGUCAAGCACAACUCCUCUCGUGUACCAGAGCUCGUCGACGCUGCCCCAGUACGUCCAUAUUUCGUCCCUGCGAAGCCACCCUCUGCAAGAAGUGCUGCCAGACGCUCUACCUCCGGUCUUCCGUGUCCGCCUGCUUCGGCCCGCGCGCCAGCGCCGCGUGCUGCUCUCACGCCUGCUGCUGCUGCGGCUACACACAGGCUCUUUGGGUGUUCCAUCUCUGUUCCCACGCAAAACGAAGCGCAAACAGCUACCAAGCCUUGCGCAGAGGCAGCGAAGCUGA